GCCAUAGCAGCGGCGGGGCCGCCGGCGCCAGGCUCGGCCUGGAAUUUGGGGGUUAUUCCUGAGCUCCUCCCGUCCCCCCCAUCCCCGUGGGGUCGUGCCCGCCCCGUGCUGGGGCCCCCGGGUCUGCCCGGCACGCGCAACGCGGCCACUGCUCCUCAAGCUGGGAAUAAACAUCCACCUGGGAAUAAUCAUCCCCCGCUCGGAUGCGGUGCUGUGGGUGUUGGGGAUGGGAGCGCGGAGGGGCCUUUAACCCCUGAGCGUGUGUUGUUUGUCCGCCCGCAGCCCCAGAGCCGCUGCCAGAACCGCUGGUUCCUCCCACAAACACCGACGAGUUCGUGCCUUACGAGAGAAGUGCCCGACCCCGGCCCCAGACAGGAAUGGUCACGGACCAGCACCUCGGCCCUGCCACCGCGCUGCUGUGAGUCUGAAGAGUGGUGGUAACUCCACAGGAAAGUUAAAUGUCUUCAGAGGACAAGGAAGCUCAGGAGGACGAGCUGUUGGCUCUGGCCAGCAUCUAUGAUGAAGAUGAGUUUAAGAGAGCCGAGUCUGCCCAAGGAGGAGAAACAAGAAUUUGUCUGGAGUUGCCUCAAGACUUCAAAAUUUUUGUGAGUGGUUCAGGCAGUUCCACAGAAAGCCUCCAGAGCAGUGGGUUCGAGUACUCCGUGUGCUUCCUGCCUCCCCUCGUGCUGAAUUUUGAGCUCCCACCCGACUACCCAUCGACAUCACCACCUGUGUUCACCCUCAGUGGGAAAUGGCUCUCCCAGGCCCAGCUCAGCGCUCUUUGCAAACACUUGGACAAUGUGUGGGAAGAGAAUCGAGGCUGUGUGGUCCUAUUUGCCUGGAUGCAGUUUCUGAAGGAAGAAACACUGAGUUACCUGAAUAUUUCAUCCCCAUAUGAGUUAAAAAUGUGCCCUCAAGGGACAGCACAGAGUCGGACGCCGUUGGGGCCUCUCGACGCUGGGAAGGACUGUGGGGGUGCAGCAGGCUCUGCCACAGCUGAGGAGGAAAUCAUGGAUGCCAGAGCUGUGCAGGACGUGGAGUCGUUGUCGAGUCUGAUCAGGGAAAUCUUGGACUUUGACCAGGCCCAGAGGAGGAAGUGCUUUAACAGUAAGAUGUAUUUGUGCAAUAUCUGCUUCUGUGAGAAGCUGGGCAGCGAGUGCAUGCACUUCACCGACUGCAGCCACGUGUACUGCAAGGCCUGCCUGAAGGACUACUUUGAGAUUCAGAUCAGGGACGGGCAAGUCCACUGCCUCAACUGCCCCGAGCCCAAGUGUUCUUCUGUCGCCACUCCUGGCCAGGUGAAGGAGCUGGUUGGAGAGGAGCUCUUUGCCCGCUAUGACCGGCUGCUCCUGCAGUCCAGCCUGGACCUGAUGGCCGAUGUGGUGUAUUGCCCCCGCCCGGGCUGCCAGACCCCCGUGAUGCAGGAGCCCGGCUGCACCAUGGGCAUCUGCUCCUGCUGCAACUACGCCUUCUGCACCCUCUGCAAGAUGACCUACCACGGGGUGUCUCCGUGCAAGGUCACCGCAGAGAAAUUAAUGGAUUUACGAAACAGCUAUUUGGAAGCAGAUGAGGCAACUAAAAGAUUUUUGGAACAACGUUAUGGCAAGCGAGUGAUUCAGAAAGCCCUCGAGGAGAUGGAGAGUAAGGAGUGGCUGGAAAAGAACUCCAAGUCUUGUCCUUGCUGCGGGACUCAUAUAGAGAAGCUCGAUGGCUGUAACAAAAUGACGUGCACAGGGUGCAUGCAGUACUUCUGCUGGCUCUGCAUGGGCUCUCUGUCCAGGGCCAACCCCUACCGGCACUUCAAUGACCCUUCUUCCCCCUGCUUUAACAGAUUGUUUCAAGCCAUGCACAUCGAUGAUGGGGAGUACUGGGAAGUUGAAGAUGAUGACCAGUAGCUUUCUCCAGCAACAAAAGGUGAACAAACCAGAGACAGAUGCUUUUUUUUUAGUGUCCUUUGUUUGCUUUUCACUUCCAUUGUGUGAUAGAAGAGUGGUAACUACCCUGCACUGCAGGAUACUCACACCUCAGAGCCUGUUGCCAAAGCCAAAGGAGACCACUUUACCCAUCCUGGGGUCAGGAUCAUCAUGGAAUGCCCUAACAAUCACAUCGAUUAUUAAAGACAUUACUAUAUUAAAUACAA